AAGCGCGCCCCUUUGUACGUGUCGCGGGCUGCGGCCGGGCGGGGCGGGUGUAGGUGUCGCGUGUUCCUGCGGCUGCCUGAGCUGCGGCUCGUCCGCUGGGGCCGGGAGCAUGUCCUCGAGCCGGGCCAAGAAAGUGAAGAUGGCCACGAAGUCCUGCCCGGACUGCGACCAGCAGGUUCCUGUUGCAUGCAAAUCGUGCCCUUGUGGCUACAUAUUUAUUAGUCGAAAGCUCUUGCACGCUAAACGUGCCGAAAAAUCGCCUCCCACUGCAGAGAACAGGAGUGAGGCCAAGAGGAGGCGAACAGAAAGAGUUAAGCGAGAGAAGAUAAACUCUGCAGUAAACAAAGACUUAGAAAACAGAAAAAGGUCCAGAUCUAACAGCCAGUCGGAUCAUAGCAGACGGGGAAGAGGAAGACCCAAAACUGCCUCAGCCAAGAAACACGAGGAAGAGAGAGAAAAACAGGAAAAAGAAGUUGACAUGUAUGCUAACCUUUCAGAUGAAAAGGCUUUCGUGUUUUCAGUGGCGUUGGCGGAAAUAAACAGAAAAAUUAUCAAUCAGAGACUUAUUCUGUAAUUCGUCAGCACAAUUGGAUGCAUUUGUAUGCAAGAUGACUAGCAUAUUUCCAAGGUGUCGUGGACUCUCAGGAAGCAUGUUGUCUGUGUCGACAAGGACCAAAGUUUUCCCUGUUAAAACUGUGCUGCUGUUUUAAAGCUCAGAUUUUUGGGUAUCUACGACAUAAAGAAGAAAUGUCAAGCUUUUGUUCUGAAAAUCAGAAAGCAAAAAUGCUUUAUGCCUUGAAGACUAAAGGUAGACAAAUGCACAGAGAGAAUGCACCCUUUCCAGAGCACUUCAAUAUUUGUUGCCAGACAUGCAAUAUUUUAAAUUUCAGAAAAAUGAUUUUUCUUUUAAAACAAAAUAUAUUUCAGAUUUUUCAAUUAUAUUACAGUUUACACAUGUACAGUUCUAACGUUUUAAUAAAUUGGUAUUCUAUUAUUGAACUGCGAAUUAAUUGCAUUUAUAACAUUAAAGUUAUUUUGGUUUGAUUCCUUUCGAUUCAAUAUUGGUAUGCAUCCGAGAACUUUUUUGGGUGGUUAUUUUUAUCACUUUUUUUUUAGUUCAUUUAAUAGCUAUGACCCUAAAAUAGUUAGUUAGUUUGCAGCUGGUAGCUGCUUGUUACAUUAGCAUUCCACCCCCUGCCCCCACACACUUGAUGAUUUUCCUGUCACCUGUGGAUAGAGAACAUAGAUAUUCUGUGGUAUAGACAUGCCACUAGAUUUUCCUGUGGACCUAAAGACAGUGGGACUAGAAGGGACUUCAGGAGGUUACCUAGUCCACCUGCUCAAGGUAGGAUCAUCCCUUACUCUGCAGAGCCAAUGAAUAGAGACACCAUAUCUUAAUCUGCUGCUUAUUGCCAAAGUUCAAAUUAUCUUUUUGUAGGCAGUCUUCCAGAUGUUCAGUUUCUGGUCAGUGUUCUCAUAAAUAUUUAAGAUAGAGUUUAGCUGACUCUCUAGAAAUAAGUAAGCUUGUCAAACAGAUUUAGGGAAAACAUCCUAAUUAUAGAUGUAAUCUUUAACUAGGAACAUAGAUUGUUUAAUUGAAGAACUACAGUGCAUCUAGUCACUGAGAUUGUACAUUAAUAAGUAUGUCUAAAAUGAAAACUACCAUAUUUACGUGAAUUAAAAGCAUCUCUGAAUUUUAGACAACCCUCCAAUUAUUAGAUUCUAGACCAGAAAAAUUUUAUAAAUGGGCUGAAGCUGCAAGAUAGGGCUUUUUAUCCCAUGUUAAAUGCGGGGGAAACCUUGUCUUGGAUUCAAGUAAAUACUGUAAUUAAAUGGACUCUCUUACUACUGAUAAUCUCUGUAAAAAAACAAAACAAAAAAACUG